AUGACCAAGCACGCCAAACACCCUUACCGUGCCAUUCGAGCAAAGUACACCGAAGACACUAUCACCGUAUACCAAGCCUAUUCAAAUGAAAUUGCAGAUGCCGCACUCCAUGCACAAAAAUUUGUCUCCCCGUUUAAACGAGGUCGAAUGACCUGGGUCAAACCCUCGUUUCUCUGGGUAGCAUAUCGGAGCGGCUGGGCAACAAAACCUAACCAGGAGCGCGUUUUGGCCAUAGAGAUUACUCGCUCUGGCUUCGAGUGGGCACUGCGUAAUGCCUGCUUAAGCCAUGUAGACGAAUCGCUCUACAAAGACAAGUCAUCUUGGGAAGAGCGUAUGCAAGCAUCCUGUGUCCGGGUGCAAUGGGACCCUGAACGAGACUUCAAAUUUACUCCGCUCAAUUACCGCUCGAUCCAAAUUGGGCUGAAGGGAGAAGCGGUCGAUCGAUACGUGGACGAAUGGAUCGUGUCUAUCACAGAUAUCACAGAUCAGAUUCAGAAGGUCUCGAGCCUCGUUUCGUCUGGUCGGCUAGGAGAGGCUAGUGAGGAGAUUGCGGAGGAGAAGAUAUAUGAUAUCCCUGAGGAUAUUGUAGCAAUAAUAGGGGCAUCAUAUGGGAUGAAGGGCCCAGGUUGA